AUGAUCUUUUACGACCUUCCAGUGUCCUCGGCGACAUACUCUGCAGAAGAGUUCCGAAAAAGGUUUCGAUACGUCACAAAUGAGUUGAGGAAGGUUGUCACUGAACAUAAUGAACUUCGCAUGUGCGGUCGACAUAUCAACUAUAGUUGCCACAUGAUUGGCGACUCGAGGGAUACGGCCUUACCCUCUAUACUUAUAGAGUGUCGAGAAAGAGAUCUCAAGAUGUUGAGAGAGCUCUUCAACAAGUAUGCUACGACACUUUGUUGUCGCAAGGACUCAACUUGGCCUAUGCUGGUACAUCACGAUCUUCCAUCGUCGAAAUCGUCAUUCCAGCUUGUCUAUUUAUCGCACGCAUAUCACCCUAUAAUUCAGCACGCGGCAAACACACCACUACCAGUAAGCAACUCAUCCAGCGAUACAUUCUGCGGUGCUCUGGUCCAGUAUGAGGGUCGCAUUGCCACUAUCGGCCUGACAUUUAUCGUCGACGGCAUAAAUCAAGAAAAGCAGAAUUUGGACUUUGGUCAUAGCAGCAUCCCUGAGAGUCCGUCACAAGAGAGUCUCAAUGCAUCAUACACGAAUGACGGCUCUCAAUCUUGUCUUGCAGAGUGCCCAGUGGGCCAACCCAUUCCUCUCCCACAUCCAUUGGAUCCCCCAGCACCAUACCUGGACUGGGCAUUUGUUGAAUUGAACAGCUCUUCAGCCAGCUUCCAACUACCUAACAUUAUCACCCUAGACUCUACUUCGAGCCCUUUACUCCUUCGCCAAGUUGCGAAACACCCGCUUUCUCAUACCACAUCGGUGUACAUGAUUUCGGGAAUAAAUGGCACAAGAAAGGGCUGCCUAUUCGGUGGCUUAAACUCUGAUCAAGGUCUCGAACCAGGAGAGUGCGGCUCGAUCAUUGUUGACCGGACUACGUUCGAUAUAUAUGGCCAUGUUAUCGGCUCCAACAUCAUCGGUGAUGUUUUCGUUGUUCCACUCUCAGACUCUAUUGAACAAAUCCGAGCUGCCUUUAAUGCAACCACUGUGACCCUUCCCUCCCAGAACCUUAUCCUGCCACUUUGCAACUUAUCUGAAGAUACCAUGACAACCCAGGCCAGGCUUUAUCCUAAUAAAUUACACUCAGCCGCUGCGCACACUCAUAUUCACUCCGGUGCUGCAAAACGCUCUCUGGGAUCCUCUCCACUGGCACAGAUGUGGAGGCGUCCAGAGGAUCCGAGAAGCCACAGCGGCCAGUUCCGCAGGUUUCAGACACCCUUUUAUCCAGACGAGGAGGACACUUCACUCCUGAAAACUUUGAAUGAGGCAGGAGCAGGAGUGCUCGAUGAUGAAGUGGAAGUUCCAACCCUUCUGUUUUGCCACCCGUAUACAAGGUUUACAGAACGAAGCAUAGAGCGUAUACAAGACUUUUGCUGUGGUGCUUCUUUCGCUCUGGACAAGUUCGUAUCUCUCCCGCAGAGCUCAGGUCCAUACGCCAGCUCAGAUGCCAGGGUCGUGGAUUCUAGCCUAGAAAUUCCGUAUUACGCGGUUGUCACUGAUCCUCAGGCUAAACGAGAUAUUGAAAGAGAAGAUGGGGCUAGUAUCAUGGCUCUCAUCAGGACCAUGUCCUGCCGCCAAGUAGCCAUUCUCCGCCCAAUGAUCAUGUCCUAUGUGACGACAAAGAUCAACCCGUGCAUACAGAUCAAUGAAACCCAAUGGUGGGGAUCACGUCAGCAUCAUCUCAGGUUUCAAUUUCCCUUCUUUACACUCAUUUCUGAAGGCUAUAAUGACCCCCGAACCGUGUCCAAGACUGGAGAGCCAUUCAGAACUCGAUUGAGCUUUUCCUUUCUUGCCGAAAGCCAUUCGGGGUCCUUGUUCCCCCAAGAUAGCCAAGCCAGUCUCUGUGAAUCAGUAAUCUCAUUUGGGAUCGCUGUACAUAGUAUUGGUUACUGGGACGUAUACUGCUUUGAAGACGGUGACACGAGUAUAUCGAUUUUUGGAUUUGACUUCGAGGAUGACGAAUUUGGUUCCAAAAGCGAUUUUCAAACACCUGGAGAAAUGCUCAGACACUCCCCCCGAACCUUUUUCUUGCACACAAUGACUUUGAGUCUCGACCGUGUGCUGGACCAGCACGCCCUGAUCUUGGAAGUAUUCCAGGACUUUGUCAAGAGGCAAGCGCGUUACUUAUCGAAGAGUGCUAAACAGCGGAAUGAAUUCACAGACAACAGUCAUCGGCUAAAAGAAGUCCUCCGUCAAGUGCUCAAUUCGAUAACAGUUCUGACAUGUAAUGUUCAAGAAUUCUUAUCCAAUGAUCCCAGAAAGGACCUUGAGGACGUCCCCAACGGCGGUGACUUUGCUGAUGGGACUCGCCUACCAACAACUGGAGGCGAAAUUGACUUCGAUAAGUUUUAUGCAGGAAGAGCUAGUGAAGAUACGUCGUGA